GCUUGGCCACAAUAGACCGAGUUCUCCGGCGCCAAAAGACGCAGAUGAAACAGGUCUAUAGGGUUCCCUUUGAGCGCAACUCUGCGCGACACAAAGACCUACGUUACGAGUAUGUGCAAAGGAUAUUACAGUUGGACGCGAUGGCCAGACCUCAUGAGUACCUCUUCCUGGAUGAGGCUGGCUUCAACCUGCAGAAACGAAGGGAAAGAGGCCGUAACAUCAUUGGCCAAAGAGCCAUCACUGAGGUCCCUGGCCAACGGGGGGGGGGUAAUAUUACUCUUUGUGCGGCCAUGGGUUCGGAGGGGCUUGUCCACCGGCAUGCUGUCCUUGGGUCUUACAACACCCAACGUCUCCUCACCUUCCUAGAGGAGCUAAAAGACAUCCUCCUGGACUGCCAACAACACCAUCCUGGGCCCGCACAUCACAUUUAUGUGAUCAUUUGGGACAAUGUCCGCUUCCAUAGAACAAACCAAAUCAGAGAGUGGUUCACCACCAACAGUGACCACUUUUUAAACGUCUGUCUGCCACCCUACUCCCCUUUCCUGAACCCUAUAGAGGAGUUCUUCUCAUCGUGGAGAUGGAAGGUUUAUGACAGACAACCAUACACAAGAGAGAACCUCCUAAGGGCAAUGGAGCUGGCCUGUGUUGACAUCCCAGCGGAGGCCUUCCAAGGAUGGAUUUGCCAUUCCAGGGCGUUUUUCCCGCGGUGCCUGGCAAGAGACAAUAUAGCCUGCGAUGUGGAUGAGGUGAUGUGGCCCGAUGCAGCUCAGCGACAUGAUGCUGCACAGUGAUUUGGUGUGUGUGUGGUGUGAAUAAAGUAAAUAAAAAAAACUUCACACCCUGAUCAUGUUUUCAAGAGUACUGUUGUGUGCAAUAGAUUCUGUUUUUGCAUUGAGUUGUGUUACAGUAGUGUACGUACAUGCAGGAUUUUCUAUAGAUUUAAACUCUUCAUAUGAAACUCACAAAUCUAAAUGCCUAAUCCUCUGCAGAGAUCUACGACGAUCCGUUACUGUAUAGUUUCGAAAAAUAUGCAUUGGCAGUUAUGAAACAAAGAACCUUCUCAC